AUGGACGGAGAGGAGGAAGGCAUAAAGAUACAAAAAGUGACUCAUGUCUUCUCUUCUUUCCCCCAACAGGAGGUGCGUGAACUGCUCUCUGGCUACCUGGUCCACAGCGUCCAGAUCCAGCCCUCCAGCGGAUCGGCACGUGUUCUUCUCGCCGAACCCGAAGUGCUGGAGACGUGGACGCGCUCGCAACACACGCUGAGGGGCCACAAGGUCACCAUCUCGCCCUCCAACACCGAAGGGCUGCUCUGCGUGGCUCGCCUCCCGCAGGACUUCAGCGAGGAGGAGUUUGCCAGCCUCGCAGCGUCCCUCGGGCAGAUCACGUAUUGCUUCCUGAUGCGCUCGGAGAAAACAGGCGAGAGCAAGGGCUACGGCUUCAUCGAGUACGCCACGAAGGAGCUGGCGCUGCAGGCGAAGGCGGUGCUGGACGGGCGCGAGGUGCGUGACUCCGUGCUGGUCUGCGACUGGCUGGACCCCUCGCACGUCACCUUCGCCUCCCUGCACUCCACCUGCCUCUACGUGGACCACCUACCCAGGAACUACAGGGACAUGGGCGAGUUCAGGAGGAUCUUCAGCAAAGUGACCAACCCGCCAUACUGCCAGAUCGCCAUGAAGAACGGGGCGCUGCAGGAUUGGGGUCUCGUGGAGUUCCUGGAGGCCGAGGACGCCGAGGAGACGGUGGCGUGCCUCAACAACUACAAGAUCCGCGGGCACAGCAUCCGCCUGCAGUAUUGCGUGCCCGGCGUGAGAGCCAUCAACAUCUACAUGAAGAUUCUCAACGACCCGGGCGGAAAGAAGCGGUCGGCCCUGCUACCUGAGCCUCCCGCCAACAAGGUGUUCUCGCAGCUGCAGAACUUGACCAAACACAACCCAGCCUUCGCCACCAGCCUUCAGAACAUCAUCCUGACGCAGAUUCAGAACCUAAGUGGCGCACGGCAUGACGGCCCCCCACCCCCGCCGCAGGGCCCGCCUCCGAGGGGAUCACGCCCCCCACCCACGGCUCGCCCCCCGCCCCCGCCCCCACCCCCGAGCUCCACCUCCCCGUCCCCUACCCCCACAGGCCUCAACAGCAACGCCCAAGCCGCCCUGGUCAUCCUCCUGGCGGCACAAAUGCAAAUGCAGCAGAACCAGCAGCAGCAGCAACAGCAGGAGGCGCAGCAGCAGCAACAGCAGCAGACAAACAACCUGCUGGCGAGCCCUCACGUCCUCAACCUGCUGCAGACGCUCGUUCAGCAGGGCGACCCACAGCAGCCGCCCCCCCACUCCCACCCCCACCCCCUCCCUCCCCCCGCCCCCAUGCCCCCCAACCAGCCCCUCCCUCCCCCUCCCCCCCAGGACCACAGGAACAACUCGUACCCUCACCCUCCCGGCAAGCCCCCCCACGGCCACAACAACAACAAUAAUAACAACAACAACAACAAUAACAUGAACAAGGGCGGCGGCUACAGGAAUGGCUACAAGAACGGCGUGUCCAAGUCCAAGAUGCCACUCCUGCCCACCCCAGGCCCCGGCGGGAACUACAGCGGCGGGUCAUGGGAGGAAGGGAACAGCGGGGGCGAGGGGGAGCCUGCCCUGGCGCCCCUGCUGUCCGGCCUGCUGACUGGCUUGCCCGGACUCAACAACCAGAAGGCCAUCAAGGAGGACCUUCAGGGGACCAUCUCCACCCUGCUGUCCAACGCCCACAGCCUCCAGCAGCUCCUUGGCACCCUCACUGCCGAGCAGCAGCAGCAGCAACAGCAACAACAGCAGCAACAGCAGCAGCAGCAGCAGCAGCAGAUCCCCCCACCACCCCCACCUGUCAGCCUGGGCCACCACCACUUGCCUGUGUCCCUCCCACCCCCUGCAGUCGUCACCUCCGCCCCCCCUCCCAUGUACCACGCCAAUCCCCUCAUGUCCAUGCUGCUGACGGCUGCUUCCGGCCCCCCCAAGCCCUCCCUCCUCGGCGAUGGCCCCCUCCACCCUGAGACCUACCUGCCCCCCCACAUGCCACCCCCUCCCAUGGAACAGCCCCCACACCUCGCCCCACCCCCCCUGGAGCAGCCCCCACCCCCACCCAUCUCCUCCGCCCCGGCAUUCCUCUUCGCCUCCCCCGUGACCUCCCGUGUUGGCCCCACCUGGUCCCCACCUCCCAUGCCUCCCCCACCCCCUGCCCUGCUGCACCCCGCCUCCCUGCCCCACCCCGCCUCGCUGCCACACCCCCGGUUCAUCAGCCCCGUGUAUCUGACCCCCACCAAGACCAUGGGCCCGCCCCAUCACCAUAUGGGGCACCAGGGCUUCAUCACACCAGUGGGACAGAAGCGCAAGUCCAACCACAUCCUGCCCUCCCCGGAGCCGAGCCCAGAGAACGGGUACGUGGGGCAGCACUCGCAGGGCAUCGGAGGCCACUAUGCAGACUCCUACCUCGUCAAGAAACUCAAGAAGCACUGAGCGUCGUCCUUGCCAGCGAUUCCCGGUCAGCAGCACAACACGGCUUCUUCCAGCUCUGAGUCCAGUGUUGGCCCGUGUCCGGCAGUUCACACACACACGCACGCUGAGGUCAUAUUUAAUUUUGUGUCUGUAUGUAGGGAGGGGAGGAGGAUCUAUGCUAAGAGGGGCGUCACUUGUCAUUGUUGUGAGGCAGCUGAGGUAGUAAAAGAGCUUGAUGGUGCAGUGACUGGCGUAUUAAAAGGUUCAGCUUAACACAAAAACAAAGUGCCUUUCACAGCAUCAGUAGUCAAAUAAUUCUAGCAGCUUUGUAAGUUAUUUCGGCAUCCGUGAGACACACACACACACCGAGUUUGCUUGACGGAGGUUUUGUACGAAUAACUAUUUUCUUAGCUCAGCUGCGGUGGUGGUGGCAGUGGUUGUGGCGAGGGUGACGGUGGUGGUGGUGCCUGAAGUCAGAGCUGCCUGACACACUAUUGAGGGCAUUAAGGUCCCCAGGUUUUAUGGGUGUUGUUUUAGCUGGCAUAAUGCAGAGGUUCAGCCCGGUACAUAGUUCUCUUAAGCUCUGGUCUCCAAGCUAAACUAAGACAUAAUAUAUCGGUUAGUAGGAGAACAGAACUCGUAGGUGGUGGCAUUAGCUAGGCCCCCUGCCUGCCAGUCUGCCCCCCACGGGAAGCUAUUAUCGGGAAGCUAUUAUCCCAGGGGGGCAUCUGUGGGCAGUUAUGUUCCCCUCGAAUGCCCAACUUUAUCAUGUAAACACAACAAGUUUUAGAGUUUAGUGUUGCAUCUUCUCUCUCUGUCCUCGUGUGAGAUUAUUAUUAUAUACUACUAUCAACAUAUCCCUUUGCUGGAGUCAUGGUGUUUGUAUAUAGACGAUGACAAAGCAAAAAUACGAAAAAAAAACAACAAAAAAAGAUGGAUUGUAACACGUUGGUGGUUAUAUGAGCAAGAAUCCAGGUUAGGUAAAACGUUUGUGUUGGCUGGUAGAUGUUUCUGAAGCUUUGGUCUGGUUGAGUCCUGCCCUGCGAGUGUGAGCGUGUGUGUGUAUGUAUGUGUGAGAGAAAGAGGAUAUGUCUGCCUAACAGCCAAACCGUAGAUCAACACUUGGAAGACAGACAAUGAGUGAGUGAGUAAAAUAAGAGAGCAAGCCAGAGAGUGAAUGAGUGGGUGAGUGGAAAGCAGGUUCAUAAAAGAGCGAGCAUGAAGAGUUAGUAAAUAAAUAAAUAAAUAUUUAAUGACAUUUAAUGACACAGCACAACGGCAGGGGGGCGUCCGCCUAUGUAGGGUGUGUGGCGACCCUGCCGGAUGUAUGUAGUGGGGUUGCAGGGCAUUAUUAGCAUUAAAACAAGGAUAUAAGAUAAAGUAAAAGCAAAGUAACAAAAAAAACCUGUAAAGUAAUGGAUGAUACAUAUAGCUGUGUAUAUAAGUUCUCUGCAUUACUAUUAUUAUUAUUUUUAUUGUUUUCGCGUAAGUUUUUUGUUAUUUUUCGUAGUAUUGAUAAGGAAGCAUAACAAUAUAUAUAUUUUGAGAGAAUGAACAAUCAACCAAUCAAUCACUAGCCAGCCAAGUAGAGGUCUGGAGAGGACUAUUUUUAGUUUUUGGUCUGGAAUGGACUUUUCACGAGGUGGAGGAGGAGGGAGGGCAGGGCAGGGAGACCCGCCUUCCCUCCUCCUGUGAUAGCGUGUGCUGGUGUUGGCCCAAGCGCACCCCAACACCACUUCUCUCCCGGGGUGGGGGGCGGGGGGUCACCGAGGCAUUCCUGGGGUGGCUACUGACCCUGGGGUACUCCUAGGAUGAUACUGUUGCUUGAGGUACUCCUGGGGCAGUUAAUAUGGCCCUGGGGUACUUCUGGGAUGCCACUGUUAUCCUGGGGUACUUUUGGGAUGAUACUGUCACUUUGGGGUGCUCCUGAGCUGAUUAUGUGGCUUUGGGGUACUUUUGAGUUGGCACUGUGACCUUGGGGUGCCUGGUGACCUCUCGACCUCCCAGAUUGGUUGUGAAAUCUUAGCAGGUGUUGGGUGUGUGUGGGGGCCAAGCGUUGCUCCUUCAGUGGUCUGUCGCCUUCCUUUACAUCUCAUGAUGAAGGUCCUGGCAGUGGCCUAAUCCAGCGCCGCCUCUGCCCAGGGGGGGUCGCUGUGGCCUGCCUGCCUCUAAGGGACUGGACCAUCACAUUGCCUUCCUUCCUACAUCUCUGUAUUUUAUGUUGUUAAUCAUGUUCUAACCUUAUUAUAUUUUCAAGUCUGGCGGAGGUGGGUGGGAGGCAGGCUGUCCGUCUGCCCACCUGCUGGUAUACCCUCCUCCUGCCCCUGCCUUCCCUUGUCCUGUGAGGGUGUGGGGCUGGGUGGUGCAGGGCAGGGCAGGGCAUGGUGGGGCCAACACACUGCCUCUGGGUGGUGUGUGGGUGCCCCCCUUCCUCCUCCUUCCCCCACCUCCACCCGCCACACUCUUGUCAUGCUGUCUCCUGUUUACUUUAAGGAAAGCCGCUACGUCCGGCAUCUUUACUACAAUAUAUAUGAGAUAUUA